AUCCUGCAAAGCGAUCCUGUCGACCUGUGAGAUCCGCUUUCCCGCCUUGUUAGAUCUUAUCUCAGAAGAUGCACUCAGCAGGGAUGACCCGUGCAGCCGCUCUGACGACGUUGGUGUUGGCGGCCAGCGUCGCUUGGGCGGAAGGCCAGUUCGCGGACACGCCCAAGCAUGUGCCUCGGUUCGGACGCCGGAGCGACCUUCCCGCACUGGAGCAGCAAUUGGCCGAGCAGAAGCGCUCGGCGCAGCAGGCGUCCAGCGGCGUGGCAGGCGCCCUCGUGCGCGUGGACGGCGACGGCGACGGCUGCAUCAACAUGGCUGAGCUGCUGAGGAUCCCCAUAGUCAGGGUCGCGGUGCUCCUGCAAAACCCCGCCCUCAUCAGCGAGGAAGCCGCCGGAGCCCCAAUCGACACCACCGGCGACGCCUAUGAGAUGGAUCACCUUCGAGGCUCCCACAUGCAUCGUCUGCUACAGAAGUAAUCAUCGAUAGUAAUCUUAGCAUAGUUAUUAACUUACAGUGCUAACUGGUACUGUAUGUGAUUUCAUAAAUAUGCAUUUCAUGAUCUAACUCUUAAAUUGAUUUGAAAAAAGAACUACCUCGGACUGGCUUACUAUGAUGGUUGUUCUUAAGGUCGGUCUACAUACAGUAGUUAAAACAUUACAAUUUCUUUAAUCUCAUCAGCGUAUGUUUGGACUAUACCAUAUUAUUCUAGCAGCCCACAGACUCUGGUAUAGUUUUGACUGCACGGCGAUAGAUUAUGAAACAGAUACAGAUGGUGAGCAGUGCAAUAAACAGUAAAAAUACU